CAAGGAUCCAAGCACCAGUCUCCAGUAAAACCUGCAACCUUCCAGGUUUGCCGUCACUAGCCAAGAUGCAUGACUGUACUGCGAGCAAACCAAGGAAGUUUCCACGUACCUGCUCUUUAUGCAAGACCAGCUGUUCUCAAUUGAAGGAUUGGACUGACCACCAGCAAUCCAGUCUACACGUUGGGAACUGCAAACGUCUUCGGGAACAGUCAGUCUUUGGGGUUUUUUUCUGGCAUAUUUUUAGGUUAAAGAGGGAAUGUUUUACACAAUUUUUGUAAAUGGACAGCAAUGUUGAUCAAAGUGCAAUGAAAGUACUUUAAAGAAAAUUGUACUGGAAUGAUAUACUUUUCUGAUCUGUUGUUGGAGCCUAAUAUGAAAAUUUGCCUUUUUAAAUCAUUUUAGAUCAGUCCAACAUGUUGCCAAUGAAUCAUUGGCACUAUAUAGAAAGGCUGUGCUUUAUGUCGCCCCAUGAACCCACAGACCACUAAAGCUGAUCACUUGAUAUUGUCCAUUGUUCUAGGCAUUCUGUUUAAACAGAGAUUGGCUUUUUAAACACAGUGGGUCAGAAGUUUUGGAAAUACUCAGACCAGACCAUCUGGCACCAACAACUCCUCCAUCUUUAAACUAGUUUACAUCUUGGUUUUCUGUUUCUGGUUCUUGGCUUGAUCUUCAUAGAGUUUGCCUUUCCCUUCGCAACUAAGUCUAAGUGGAUGUACUUGCUUUCCUGUGAUUGGCUGAUUUACUAUUUGUGCAAUAUAACAAUUGACCUGGGGUAUUUUAUAAAGUGGUGUGGUUACACCUUUCCUCUUAAAUCAAUGUUAUUUAAUAGUGUUCUUAAAUAUUCCACAGAUACCCAGAGUGGGAUGGCAAAGUACCAGGGCAAAGUGAUCCCAUUAGAAGUGCCAAGCUUAAUUCCUCAACUCCAGACCACACUGCCCAUGAUCACAAAAAGAAAACCAGUGAUGGGACUCAUUCCCGGUCUUGCUCUCACAGCCCACGCUGCAGAAGCACCACUUCCAGCAGUAGUUCUACAUCUAAAAGUCCUCGCAAACUCCGCAGUUCUGGGCGUAGAAGAACUUCCACCAGCAGUAGUUCUCCCUCUAAAAGUCCUUAUCGACGCGAUAGUUUUAGGCGUAGAAGGACCAUUACCAGCAGUAGUUCUCCCUCUAAAAGUCCUUAUCGACGCGAUAGUUUUAGGCGUAGAAGGACCAUUACCAGCAGUAGUUCUCGCUCUAAAAGUCCUUAUCGACGCGAUAGUUUUAGGCGAGGACCAUUACCAGCAGUAGUUCUCGCUCUAAAAGUCCUUAUCGACAUGAUAGUUUUAGGCAGAGACGGGCCAUUACCAGCAGUAGUUCUCGCUCUAACAGCCCUCGUCGACGCAGCAGCUCUGAAGGUCGAAGGGGAAAACAGAACAACAGGAAACAAUCACUUCACAGCCCCAGGCACAGUCGCAGGUCUAGAUCUACAUCUCCACGGCGGCACAACUGCCAUAUUUUCUCAGACCCUCCAAGACAUUCAAGUGAUUGGGAGAGACGGUUGUCACCAAAAAGAAGGUUUAAGACUCUUGGUUUACCAAGAAGGAGCUCUGAUAUACCAUCGUCUCCAAGGAAAAAUACUGAGAAAUUACGUUCGCCAAGGACGGGCCAGGAGCAACUCUCACGUACGACCAGAGAAUGGGAACAUAGUGAUAAAAAACAGCAGUCGAGCAGGAGUCCCAAUCGAAGGUUGUCUCCAAGAAGUGAGGAGAGAAAGAGGUCACGAGGAAGGAGCCGUGACCGACAACGUUCACCAAGAAGGAGCAGUGAGCAACAGUCAAUAUGUCAUGACAAACAACGUUCACUGCAGAAGAAUCAGAAGCCCCAGUCAUCGCCAAGAGGAAAUGAUGGGAAACGGUGCUUAUCCAAGAAGCGUGAGGAGCGGGCUUCAGUAAGUGGAAGCCAUAGGCGACAGCUGUUCCUGGAGGAAUCUCCGAAAAAGAAACCAUGCAGUGAACAGAUUCCAACAAAGCAACUCAUGAAUUCAGCUUCUUCUGGGCAGCGACACACUGCCAGUGUGUUCGUGCCUUUGGCUAAAACUGUACAGGCUGAGCAAGCUAAAAAACGGGCAUCUUCAUCAUCACAAUCAUCAUCAACGACCAACAAGAUGGAGGCUUCAACAUCAUCUAGAGGCAGCAGCCUAAGAUCUGUUUCCUCGUCAUCUUCCGUCAGUCCAACAAAGUUAACGUUGGACACAAAUUUGAACCUGGUGCAACCUAACCUUCCAAGGAGUGAGGAACGCUCUACGACUAUCUCCAAGCCUCCAUUUGCUCAUCGCAGUAAACCGCCACCUCCAACUAUGUUGAGGCUCAGAGGCAAUUUUGAUUCUCUCUCCCAUAGUGAUGUGAUCGCAGCCAUGGAGUCCUUUGGAAAAACCAAAUCCCUCUUACUGUUUAAGUCUAAACAAGAGGUGACUGUGUGUUUUGAAAAAGAAGAAGAUGCUUCCAAGCUCAAAGGUUUAAAAAACCUUGAGAUAAAAGGAGUUUCCCUCACAUUUGUUGCAAAGCAGGACAGCGUUUCAGAGGCACCUUUGUCUGCGUCUCCAGAGGAUCAGAAAAAUCUUAGUCCAGAAAAGCCCACUGUGCCCCAUCAGUCUGUUUCUGCUAGAAACUUGGUUCUCCUGCCACUUAAGACGCUUUUGUCUAUCCAAAAAAAGUCCAAAAAGAGCACAGCAGUCAAGCUUGUGAAAAAAGCCAAAGUCUUGGCUUCCAAAGGAAAGUGUGUCUCCAAGAAGAAGAUGGUUCAAACUGUGACAACAGUCAAUGUGGCAGCAAAACAGUCUGUAAAAUCAGCUAAAGAUAAGAAAGAAGCUCCAAAGCUGGAAAUGACACUCAGUUCCAGUAACCUUGGACACAAAUCAAAAGGCAAGGAAGAGAUCCCAACUGCAACAAAACUAAGGGUGAAAGAAAAUAAUGCCUCUUUGGUAGGUAAAGUGAAAAAAAUAUCAGAAACAAAGAUCCUGCAGGGUGAAAAUCUUCCACCCAGCAGCAAGAAAAUGGAAGAAGUUGAAGCAAAACCCUCUGAGUCUGACACACAGACUCUCAAUGCCAAAAUCUCAACAACAAACCUUCAAGAAGUUGUUGUACCUGGACAGUCUGAAACAACAGAACAAACCCAAGUUAACACAGUUAGUAGACAGAUGGAAAAUGUGAAAAAUGGCGAGUCGGGAACAAGUGGAGCGCCAGAGCCCAUAAAAAAUGAAGAACAAGAACAAAAAAGUGAAGAACCUGCAGCGGGAGGAUUUUUAACCGGUUUGCCUCUGAAACGAAUAGCCAGUGAAAAUCCAGAGACCUCUGUCCCAAUAAAAACUUUGGCAAAUCCAGAGUCGACUGCACAGAAUCUGAAGUCCAAGGAAAAGCAGGCAGAACCACAGACUGCAGGAAGCUCUGCUGACGCUCCAAUCGAGAUGCAAACAAAUCAAACAGAUCCUGCAAAGCCACCCAGUCCAACCAUUGAAACCUCAACAGAAGAGAGUGAAAAGCAGCUGACUGUUGGGGAGAGGAUUGUUCCUGAUUUCCUGAAUCAACUAAACCUAAACAGCAAAGACUAUGUUCUGGCAACAAGCGUCCUGGAUCCCAGGCUGUUCGGCUUCGUUUACCCGAAGCUGCUGCUAAUCACCAACCUGCCCUCGUAUGACGGCUGCAGCUACACUGAGAAGGACGUUGUGGACCUGCUCUCUACAUUUGGAUUUCAAUACUCGGGUCACGCCAUCUUUAUCUGUCCUCAAGGCUGCAUCGCUUUUGUGCUGGUGCCCAGUAAGGAGUCAUUGAUGGGUCUGGUUAAGGCUUCAGAAGAAAACCACCUCAUCUUUAAACAACACAAACUUUGUUUGUAUGUCCUGAAAAAAUACAUUUCAGUGACACUGGCUGGUCUUUAUGAAUUGAUCAUGGAUCUUGCAUCUUUCAAUGUCAAGGUAUCGAACGUGAUCUUCAUCGAGAACAUUUCGCCCAGUGACGCCAUCACUGUCCGAGAGGCUUUGAGAAAGAUUGGAGGCGUCAGAAACGUCCUGCCUCUGCUCAACAAGAUUUUCAUUGAAUUCGAAUCUGUUUAUGACGCCGAUCGCCUCGGAGUUUGGUACAGCCUCCUGAAGGUGGGCUUUACUCACAUGAUUAAACGCCUGACUGUACCAAUGAGCUCCGAGGAAUCACAACCACCAUUACUCCCACUGAAAGCACUUCCAGACCAAGAUCUCAUCAUUGCUGGGGCAGAAACACCAACAUUGCAAUAUGGCAUCCCUGUAGACACAUGUUCGCCGUUUUGGGUGACCAUGACAACGCAACCUUAUGUUUUUCCAACUGCCUCUCCUUGGUUUAACAUCCCAAAUUAUCUGACAGUCCACUGGAAUCAAGUCUUUUCGGUAAUUACCCACCCAGCCUCUGUGUUCUGCACCGUAAUGCUGACGGGAUUACCAGAGGGAUACUACAAACACGAAGAUGUCGCCACGCUGGUGUGGCCUUAUUUCCCCAAGAAGAACCUUCAGACUCUCUGUUACAACAUCGUGGUCCUCCCUCUGCAGAGGAGGGCCUUUGUGUUUUUCUGCGACUGGGAGGCGUUCAGCAAUUUUAUCCUGAAUAUCCGCCAAGAGCCGUUUCAUGUGAAGAAUUCGCCUGUGUCCAUCCACUUGGUCAUGCAGAGUAUUCGACCGGGAAACACUGAGGAAGUGAUGUACAGAACGAUGAUGAAAUGGAGCAACGCGCAUGUUGCAGAUCCGGGUUCCCUGGAGGAGCGGCUGCUGUGUGUGGAGAUCACAGAACUACAGCUGUGCGUCAUCCAGGACGUAAUGAAGGAAGUGGCUUCCAUCGCAAACUUUGUCAACUUCCUGCCGCUCGGUAACCGGAUUUGCGUUGAGAUGCUUGACUCCAUGGACGUGAAGAAGGUGGUGGAUGAAAUUGCCUCCAGAAAGGAGUUAUCAACAGACAGGAUCUGGAGCAGAGUUGGACAUGUGGAGUCUUCGAAGGACUUCAGAAAGCGUUUGCAGAGCUGUAAGGAGAAGACCUGCGACCUUCGUCGUCGCUCUAAGGCGUCAGCUAAAAAAACUUCAUCAGUUUCCAAACCUGGAGCAAAAGUUCCUGUGAGAGCACAGAAAACUCAGACAGAAGCUGCUCCAGCAGCCGCCAGCGUCGUUUCCCCAACACUGAUUGUAGCGUCCAAACAGCAGCCGGCUGCUUCUUCCUCCUCUUCCUCCUCUUCGUCAGCUACGGAUCGCUCCCUGACCGUCGGAGAGAGGAUGGAAUAUCUACUGCUGCCACAAAAAAUUAAUUGCCUUGAUGAAAACGCUGUUAUAUCACCAAAAUGUAAUUCAGUUUACACAAGGCUGCUGUUAAUAACAAACUUGCCAAUGUAUCACGACGGCUGCUACACUGAGAGCGACAUUGCAGAUCUGCUUGGAUUUCAAUACAUAGAAAAAAACAUCUAUGUGAUUCCUCAGGCGUGCAUGGCUUUUGUGCUCAUGCCCAAUCAUCAAGCUGCGCAAGAAGCUUCCCAAAAAGAAUCCUUGACUCUAAACGGGCAGAAACUCCGCGUCCAGAUUGUCGUCAGCAAGAUUUUUAUGGCUCCAUUUGAAUUUUAUAAAUCUCUGAUGGACCUCGUCGGAUUUCCAGUGACUGAUGACGGAACCAGAACCAUCUACAUCGAGAACAUCUCACCGAGGGAGGCCCGGGACCUCAGGGAGAUGCUGCGGAAAAUCAGACGCGUUACAAAUUACCUUCCUCUGCUCAACAAGGUGUUUAUAGAGUUUGAGUCUGGCCGCGAUGCUGAUCGGAUCGGAGUUUGGUACAGCCUCCUGAAACGCUGCCCUGCUCACAACAUCUACAGGAUGAAACUUCCCCGAAGCACCAACACAUCUCUGCCACCCAAGAUGGCUCUAAAUGCUUUGCCAGACGGCAACAACAUCGUCACCGGGGCUGUUGUCCCAGCAACAAACUACGGUGUCCCGCAGGGCAGCUCACCGCCAUUUUCAGUUACCUUGACAACCGCUCCUUACGUCUUCCCGACCGAGUCUCCUUGGUUCAUCAUCCCAAAUUUUACCACAAUCACAACCAAGAAGAACCUGUGGAUACCUGCCAAUAAGGGCCCCGGGGCCUCCGUCAUCAUGCUGACGGGUUUACCUGAAGGAAACUACAAACACGAAGACGUUGCCAAGCUGGUGUGGAGUUAUUUCCCCAAGCAGAACCUUCAGACUCUCUACUACAACAUUGUGGUUCUCCCUCUGCAGAGGAGGGCUUUUGUUUUCUUUACCGACUGGCUGUUGUGCUGCAGUUUUGUUGAAGAUUUCUUCAAAAGUCCGGCUUCCAUCAAAAACUCCAAGCUGUUUAUCCACCAGGUUUUACAGGAAAUGCUUUCUGGCCAGACUGAGGGGGUCAUGUACAGAAAUAUGAUGAAAUGGAGCAACGCUCACGUUCCGGAGCUGGAAGGUCUGGAGGAGCGGCUGGUCGUUGUGCUGAUGGCCGACAUUUCUGUGUAUCUCAUCAUCCAUGUCUUGAAGAAGGUGGCGUCCAUCGCUCCGAUUGUCAGCUUUCUGCCGCUGGCCAACAGGAUUUGCAUUGAAAUGGUGGAUUCAAGCAGCGUCACAAAAGUGCUAGAGAAUACCGAUAAAGAUUGGCCAAACAUCCAGAGCCUUGAAUCAGUGAAGAGCCUGAAGCAGCAUCUCAACAGAUCCGCUCAGAUCACAGUAAAUCUGAACCUGGACGCCGAACAUGUUGGGGCUAAAACUCCAGCUGAAAACAGUGAAGCACAGCUUCCUAUUGCUGCUACUGCUUCUGAUGAAAAGACGCAGCCUGGAAUCCAAGGACCUGUCGGAGAUUCUGCAGAAAUGUCCGGCAUUUUCUCAGCAGACAAAGAAAAUGUAUCGUCAGAAACAAAAACGCCUCAAACCUGUGAGGAAAUUGUGGCUGAAACAGAAGCUAACAUGGAAGAAGAGGCAGAAAAAGUUGAGGCAGAGAACAAAAACGUAGCCUCCAUAUGCACCAUUUCAGAAAAACAGGAGGGUAUCUCUGAAAAGGUUCAAGAAUCUGCAGAAAAGACGACAGAAACGAGAAGUGAAACAGUGACUGAAAAGACGGAAGAGGCAGAAGCAGUUAAAGACGUCCAGCCCCAAGUUAGCGAAGAUGCUAAACCAGCAGAGCUGAAGGAGACGGAGCAAACAGAGGAAACCGAGGUCAAAGGUUCUGCUGAAGCCAAAGAAGAAGUGAAAGCUGCCGAAAAUCCGCCGCUAACAGUGAAAAUUGCAAGCAAUGAAACUUUGACUGGUCCAUUUCAGGGACCACAGGCCACAGUAAAAACCCAGCAGGAGAAAACAAAAACCUCAGCAUUUAAGGACCAGAAAGUUUCAGCUGUGACAACUGAAGUUCCUGCAUCUGACAAAACGUCUGCUACAAAUUCACCUGAUUCUUGUUUAACUCCUGGAGAAACGAUUGAAAAUCACCUGAACAUGACAACAAUUUUCAGCUGGGUCUCUCUGUGCAUCUCUCCUUCAACACUGCUUUCACUCAAUGCAACUCUGGUCAUCCAGAACCUGCCAGAGUUUGGUGACGGCUGCUACACAGAAGCUGAAGUCCUCGCUCUGCUCCAGACGUUUGGUAUUCACUGUGAAGAUGACAAAAUUUUCAUCCUUCCUCUGUCUCAGAUAGCGUUUGUUGUUUUUCCAAAUAUAGAGGUUGUGCAAAAUCUGAUGUCUUCCUUUGAGGACGUCCUCUUCAAAGGGUCCAAGCUCAAAUUUGGUGUCAUAAAACGCAAAGAACCCUCGAAUUUAUUUGGCAUUUAUAAAUUCUUGAUGAGUUUCACCGAAUUUCAGCAUCGACAGAAAAACUGCACUCAGUCACAAGUCGUUUACAUCCAGAACAUCUCAGUAAAUGAAGCCAAAGAUCUCAGAAAAGAGUUGCGAGCGACUGGGAAUGUUACAAACUAUCUGCCGCUGCUCAACAAGGUUUUUGUUGAAUUUCAAACUUUAUUUGACGCGGAUCGGAUCGGAGUUUGGCACAGUUUCCUGAAGGAUCGGCGCUCCUACAAAAUAUACAGGCUGGGGCUGCCAGUAUCAAGCUACAGAUCAAAGCCACCAAGACGUCCAGAACUGGCUUUGCCGGACAAGAGCCUUUGUGUGGCGAAUCCAGUCGUCCCGAAACGAAAUGUAAUCAUCCCAAUUGGUUCCCCGGCACCAUUUUGGGUUACGAUGACAACUAGACCUUUUUUGUACCCUACUGCAUCUCCUUGGUUCAACAUCCCAUAUUAUUUGAAAAAGACUUCACCAAGAAAGCUAAGGAAGUAUAUGCCGAAAGGUUUCAUGGAACCAAAAAUCAUGUUGACGGGUUUGCCAAAUGGAACCUACACACACAAGGACGUAGCGGCUCUGGUGUGGAAAUAUUUUAAUGUGCAGAAUCUUCACACGCUCUACUACAAUGUGAUGGUUUUACCUCUACAGAAGAGGGCGUUUGUAUUCUUUCAGAGCUGGCAUGCUUGCUUCGCCUUUUUUGCAGAUCGAUUUGGAAAGCCAAUUACCUUCAAGCGCUCCACUAUCUACGCCUAUUUAGUGCAGACUCAUCUCCCCCUUCCAGAUGACGAGGUGACCUUGUACGAAACUCUGAUGAAAUGGAGCAACACUCCUGUCCCAGAACCAGAGGGUUUGGAGGAGCGGCUGCUCUGCAUCGGGGUUUCAGCGUUUGACAAGCAUAUCGUCAUGAUGGUCAUGGAUUUGGUGGCGAACAUCGCUACGUUUACCAACUUCCUGCCGCUUGCUGACCGGAUUUAUAUCGAGAUGACAGCAUCCAGCGGAGUAACAAAGGUGGUGGAGAACAUGCUGCUACCAAAAUUGUGUGAAAAAUGUGACGAUUGGAAGAAAGUUGGACCCAUUGAACCUGUAAAGAGCAGAAAACUUCGCCUUCUGGGUUACAAAUUCAUCCCAGAACAUCUGGAACUGGACCCAGAGAAAAACCACCCUGAUCCCAGUGCUGUGAAAAGUCCAGAACCAAGCUCCAGAACCCCAGAUCCUGCUGAGCCCGUUCCCUCUGCUGAACCCACAGCAGGAUCAGCUGAUGCAGCGACUCCUGAGAAACGUGAAGCCGAGAAAGCAGCCGACUCCACAUCAGCUGUGCCUGACGUGGAGAGAGCAGAUGGAAAAGAAGCAGAUUCAAGAAGCUGCUCUGCGCCGGAAACCGCAAGUCUGGUCCAGUCAAAGGACGAAAACGUAGAGCUUCCUAAAAUGGAUAUGAACAGUUUUAAUGUGAUUAAAUCUCUGGUUCUUCAGUUCAAACGCCAACAAAGAAGUCCCACACAAAAACAACAGAGUCCUGAAAAGAGAAGUGAGGAGCAGAGCUCAGACGAGACGCCUUCCGCUAAAAACAAGCGCUCACCGUCUUCAUCACCGUCACCCAAAUCUAAAAAAAUUAGACUCUCACCCAAACCCUCUUCGUAUUCAGAGACUAGGGGAGUUCUUUCAUCAUCUUCAGGUGUCGGGAUGUCACAGGAAAACGAGAGUGAAAUGGUCAAAUCUGACUGUAAUGAGGGAAAAGCAGCUGAGUUUGAGCCAGAGACCUCACCAGAUGGAGAGAACUUGUAUUUAACCAACCAAAACCAGAGCCCAGAGGCAGAUUCUGCAGAUAAAACACUCGGAGACAUCACCGAAAAGGAGACACAAAAAGAUGAAAGUGGCAAAAGCAUAAAGGACGGGGUAGAUGAAAGUUAUGAAGAAACAAAUAAAGACCCUGAGAUUAACUAUGACGUAGAAAAGGAAGGCAUUGACGGCAAAGAGAUAAACGUAGCUAUCUGUGAUGAGGAGAAAGCCACUGAAAACCUUGAAGUUUCUGAGAAAGACAAACAUCAGCACGUUGAAGACGCAAGUUUAACUGUAAAACCAAACCAGGACACCAUUGUUUAUGUGUCUGAAAAGCGAGAAAAUUCACCAGAUAAACAAUUUGACACUCAAACAAAGGACAGCAGUGGAGAGGCAGAGGUGGGGAAAGAAGAUAAAGACGCUGGUGAAACGGUUGAGGAUCAAUCUGUCACUAAAACCUCAGCUAGAGGGUCAACUAAAAGUUUAAAACAAGAUGAAGUAGAUGCUAAUGAACCAAGUAUCACAACAAGAUCUAUCAGAGGAAAGACAAUACCUGCAGAUGAAGGAAAAGAAGACAAAACUCCAACAGAAAGAAGGAAAGAUGCCCAAGAUUCACAGGAACAAACCAAAAAUGAAGAAAUGACUUCUGGAGAUGUUUCACCAGUAACAUGUGAACAGGAACCAUCAUCAGGAACCUCAGACAGCAUCACAGGGACUGAAGCCACAACCACCAGGAGGCGCAACCGAGCCAAGAACGCUGGGGCGACGACUCCUGUGAGGAAAUCCACCAGAAGGAGGGAGUCUGAAUCUCCUGGUGGGGAGACUCUGAAAGAAUGUGAGGAGGACAGAAAAGAAGACGUUAAAGUCCCCAGUAAACGGAAGAUGGAGAUUUCAGGACCUGAAUCAAAGAAACCUUGUGUGGACACGAACGUCAAACUUCCUCCAUUCAACCCUAAUGAACCUUUAGGGAAGGAGUUUGUGAGUCGGAAGUGGGGGUAUUUCUGCAACCUGUGUUGUGUUUCCUACCUGAAGGAGGACCAGCACUGCAAAACCCAAACCCACUACGACAACCUGCAGAGAUAUUACCAGAAGCGGGAGAAGCUAAAGCCUUCAAAAACACUGAACCAAAGCUGAGGGUCAUCUUCCUGUUUGAUCAGCUUGUUGGUUUUUGAUGAAGAAUGUGUUGCUGUCAAUAUUACUUGAACAUACAUUUUGUUUACACUCUCUGCUUGUUUCUAUUUUUCAUGAUUAUCAGAUUUAAUCUAAGCAGUAAUUUUCAAAUUGGUUAACUAUAGCUAACAAAGCAUUUUUUGUAUAAUCAAUUUGUCACAAUGUGAAGUAAUUUUAAAGCAUUGUUCUGGAUUAUCUAGAUGUUAUUUUGAGAUAAAAUUACUUUUCUGACAGGAUUGCCAUUUUUGUAUAAGAAAAUGUCUUUCAGGGAGAUUUGUUUUUUCUUUUGUCAUGAUGAAAAUUUUCAGGUGAAAUCCAUAGUUCUCAAAGUAAAAUAAAAUAUA